AUGAUGACAAAGAGGCAGCUUGGAUGGCAAAAGUUAUUUCUGAUACUCACAGUACUUCCCUGCUGCAGGAGUUUGCUGGUUACUAUUCCACAGAACAUAUAUGAGGCUGACGGUGGAGGUGAUGUUACCUUGAUUUGCGUCUUCAUCCCAGCCGGACCAAUCGGAAACACAUUCAUGCUUGAAUGGGAAGCUUACCCUGACAAUCCUGGUGAUACAAUGAAAUCUGUGGCCACCUUCUAUAUAAACAAUGUGGUUGACAUUGCACGUGAUUAUGAAGGCAGAGCCUCUCUGGAGGUUGACAUGAACAAAAAGGAGAGCGCACUCCAUUUAACAAAGCUGACCGGGAAGGACAGCCGCCGUUAUCAAUGUAGAGUCAAGAUCCCCAAUGAUGAUGUGGGAAUUACAGCUGCCACCACUUCCCUUUUGGUCCUGGUGGCUCCCUCUGUGCCAGUCUGCAGGAUUAAUGGAAAAGCAGAGUACUGGCAAAACAUCGACCUCACCUGCAAGUCUGAGGAAGGAUCCCCAACACCUGAGGCUAGAUGGGAGAGGAAAAGAUUAGAUAACAUUGCCAUACCAUUUCCACCUAAGACAACUGAAAUGGCAUCCACCAUGACCAUUGGGAUCAUUGUAGCUGUAGUUGGAGUGGUCAUUGCAGGUGUCGUGGUUGUGGGGGCAAUAAUCUUCUUUUGCUGCAGGAAAAGGAGCAAAAAGAAAAAUGCAGAACGUGCCCCCGGACAAGUGUUUUAUGACAGAGAUGCUCCUGAAGGUGGUCGCUGGGAUUACGUUGAUGACCAACACUGA